AUGAAUUCGGUGGUGGGUGGAGUGGCAGUAUUUGCGGGUAUUAUGGCGCUAUUCGUCACAAGGAAUGAGCCUCCAACCCCAGUUUCUGCUUCGAAAGAAGAUAUUCUUCCUCCACCACCAUUUCUCCAGGGAGUGAAGCGUUGCUUGAAGUCUCGUCGCUUCGUCAUCUUGGCAUGCUCACUUGGGGGAGGAGUCGGGCUAUUUAAUGCCCUUUAUAACAAUCUACAACCAGCAUUGUGUCUAAAGGGUUAUUCGGAGACAUUUUCCGGUGGUAUGGGCUCAUUAUUGAUUGUUUCUGGAUUGGUUGGAGCUGCUGUUUCUGGGAUUAUCGUCGAUAAGACGGGGAAAUUCGAGCAGGUCAUGAAGAUCUCAUUUGCCAUUGCCGGCCUAGCUGGUUGUAGUUUAUCAAUCGCAAUUAACUAUGAGAACCAACCGUGGUGGGUAGUGGCAUCAAUCUGUGGUUUUGGCUGUUUCGGCUUUGCCAUCUAUCCAAUUGGACUGGAAUUAGGAGUGGAAUGUACCUAUCCGGUGGCUGAGGCCACAUCAACUGGGCUGAUUAUUAUGAUCGGGCAAAUCCUGGGCGUAAUCUUCGUGGUGACAACAAACCUGGCAAAUGGAGAUCUGAAUACGCUGCGCUUGAUCAUCUGUCUUGGACGUCUUCUGGGGACCAGA